AUGGACCGCGCUCGCCGGGCUGCAGUGAACAAUCGCCGGAAGCCUCUCGGGGCCUCUUCUUCGCCUCAGUCAAAUCCAGAGGACCCCAUUGAGCACCUGCAGUCGCCUGUGGCGAGCCCCGUCAUGGCCUCGGCCAACCAUCCCCAAACCUCCUCCACCACACCGCACACGGCUCCCUCGAGCCGCCGCGGCAGCAAGGCCUCGCAGAGCUUUUCCUUUGCUACGCCGGCUCCCGCCUGGCCUGCCGGCCAGAAGAAGCGCUCCAAGGCCGCUGACGGCGGCUUCGCUGGCUUUGCCGACGAGAAUCACAGCGACGACAGCCCGCAAAAGGGCGGCCACAGCCUGCGUAAGCGGGCUCGCGUCGACUACACCUUUGAGCACGUCGACGACGACCUGCUCCAGGGAGUCUCUGCUUCAGGCCGCAGAAGACGCCGCACCGACGUCAUGGAUGAGCCCGAAGACUUUUACGACCCCAGCCGCGUGUCGGCCUCCAAGAAGCGCGGCGCCUCUCUCGGCGCCGAUGUCACCGCCGCGCCAACGCCCACCAUCAUCCGCCGCAACCCGGCUCGCAAGAGCUCCGAGGUCCAGGCCUACAAGGACGACGAAAACGUCAAGGACACCAUCGAGGUCGGUGUCUCCUUCUCCGACAUGGACGACUCGGACCCUCGCCGCGCCAGUGACUCCACCGCCGAGCACUCGCCCGAUGAUGCUCUUAUGGCCGCCUCUCAAAUUGCGGAUGAAAGCGCCAUCCUGGACUCUCCUGUAGAGUUUUCCAGCUCAUCCUUUCCGGUCCUUGAUCCCGAAGUCCAAGGCGCGCCCGUCGUCGAUGAUCAGCUCAUCGACCCCUCCCUUCAGCCGGCAACCACCCCAUCCGACUCCAUCCAAAAGCAGGACUUUGCAGUCACGCAGGAGCCAGCGGAACCUUCUGAAGCACAGGACGCCGUUGAUUCUGUUCAGCCCACAGCGGAUGGAGAUAUCACCAUCCCAGAUGCUCCUCCAUUGACAGAGUCGGCCGACGUCAAGGAUAGUCCCUCCGACGACGAGGAGCCAUCUCUGCAGCUGUUGAAGGAGAACAAGUCUGUCGACACCAUUGAAAAGAGUGUCGCGGAUGAUGGCCUGGCCAUCUCCAAUGCCAGCGCCCCGGAUAUUUCGGCGCCCAAGGACGAGCCUCCCACCACCGAGGCUUCAGAGUCCAUCUCAGAUAUCGCGCCCGUGACCGACCAGGACACGCAGACCACUGCACGUGCUCCUUCUGACAAGGCCGAAAACGGCUCGGCCGAUGCCAUCAUUGAUGGCCAUACAGAGACCCAAGAGUCUCUUGCACCUCCCACCAUCACCAUUUCCGACACUACCACUCAGACUACCACAAAUCUCGCCGACUCUACUGAAGAUGCCAAGGAGGAGGCCACCGCCCUCGGUUCAGACGCACAGCACACCCCGACAAAGAGCAUCGAGGUGCCUCAGCCUGAUCUUUCCGGAUUCGCCCACGCUGACAUGGCGGAGAUUCCAAUUUACUCAGCCGACAGGCUCCAGGACCUCGUCAAGGGUCGAUAUGCCAAGCUGAGCCCCUACGUUGACGGCGCGCGCCAGUCCUAUCCUAGCAAGUCCAAUGUCACCUAUGAGGCCGAGUUGGAAGAACGCUUGGCCGAGGUCAAGGCUGCCAAGGAGAAGAAGGAGGCUACUGAGAACGCUACCGAGACCAAGGAUGCUGAGAAGCCCUCCGAUUCCAAGAAUGCAGAAGGCCAGGACUUGGAUGAAAAGGCCAUCGAGGCCCAGGACGCCGACGAGAAUGAUGGCGACGACAAGGAUGGCGAUGACUUGGAGGCCGAUGACCGUGCCUCCGACGAUGAUGACGCCGAUGACAAUGACGAGGGGGACAACGUGGACUCCAACGAGAACGGCGAGGCCGAUGACGUUGGCGACGUGCCCAUGACUGAGACUGUGACGCCAGCGCCUGCCGACACGCCCAAGAAGCGGUCUCUGGUCGCCCUGUCUCUCGAGCCGAGCAAGCCGAAUGAGCUCAUCCCGCUCCCGCCAACCACAGACGGCACGGUGCCGACCAAGAUGGUCAAGCCCGAGGAUGCUCCUAAGCUGAAGCACAAUACCUUUAGCUUCACCAAGAUCCAGGACAAGGAGUUCUACAUUGAUGCUCUCAAAGACUACGAGUCAAUGUCGACGCAGGAGCUCUACGACGUCUUGCAAGUCGUCAACCUGGCCCUGUGCGACUGGCAACGCGAGUACUUUGAGCAAGGAGACAUUGUCCUGAACGAAGAGAAUGCCAUCAACCAGGAGAUUGAGGACGCCAAGUUCCUCAAGAAGAUGCGCAUGAAUCCCGACAAGGACAUCGAGGGCUCGUGGCCGAGCGUGAAGCAAAAGGGCAACAACUUCAAGGGCCGCAGAAAGCGAUACGAGGACCUCAAUCCCAACUACGAACUGCCUGAGGACAAGCUGGCCGUUGCCGUCUACGGCAAAGAGCCUCGUGCGGACCCCAAUAUGAUUGUUCCCGCCGACCCCAGUCAGAAGGAGGGCGUUGUCACCCGUUCUCGAGCCUCUAGGACCACGGUUACGAGCGGCACUGGCAGAUCCAACCCUCAGGAGGUUCUCCCCGCCAAGCGCAGACGCAGAGCAGCCGCCAACAUUGACUACACACCUCAAGACACCAGCCGCAGUGCCACGCCUGCGCUUCUUCCGCGGAUUGUGGGCCGCAAGCGCAAGGCCGCCAUGGUGGACGAGGCGGGCAACGCCGAGACGACGCCUGAGGUGGAGGAAGAGCCAGAGCCCAAGCCCAAGCGUCGCCGCCGUACCAAGGCCCAGAUGGCCGCCGACGCCGAAGCUGCUGCUGCCGCUGCUGCAGCCGCCGCCGCCGCGGCUCCAACACCCGAGCCCGCGAGCGCCGACAAGUCUGCAAGCAGGCCCGGCCGCAAGCGCGCCCCCAAGCGAGCGAUCGACCAGGAGCUGGCUUCUUUUACCAAUUCCGUCGAGGACGACGAGGACGCGCCGAAGCAGAAGCGAAAGAUGCUCACUCUCAAGAUCCCCAAGGUCAAGAACUCGAGCGAGCCCUCUUCCGAGAUUACCGACAACGGCGAGUCUCGCCCGUCUACUGCUUCGUCCGAGUCGACCUCGCACACUGCCGACUCGUCGUAUUCCUUCCGGCCCAAGCGCCAGAAGCGGUUCCGCGAUGAGCCAGACGACGCCGAACCCGUCACCCCGGCUCCCCCCAAGAAGCGCGGCAAGAGAGCGCAGGCCACCAACGACAAGGACGGCCGCGUUCCCGACUCGGCGACUGCCACCCCCGAGGUUGCCACCCAGCCCGCUUCCGGCCGCAAGCUGCCCAAGAUCAAGGUGGUUCACAAGGCCGCCACUGACGCUCAGAACGGCACACCUGCCGCCACGCAGCACGCAGCUGCUGCACCUAGCACUCCCGUCCCUGCUGGCACCACGGCCGAUGGAGGAGAUUCGCGGCCCAAGGACUACGACAAGAUGACCAAGUCGGAGAAGAUGUCUGCGUCCAUGAAGAGUCGAUGGGCGAACGGCAACAUGGCUGGGGCCGUCGAGAAGCGCAAGGCCACCCUUGCUGCGAAGAAGCUCGCUCAAGCCGCUGCCGACUCCAAGGUCGGCAUCAUCGCUCCUAAGCCCAAGGGCAAGGCCGUUAAGAAGGAGGCCGCUGCCGCCGCCGCCCAGCAGCACCACCAGCAGUCACCCCAUCCCGCUCAGCAUCAGCAGCAACACCAGAUGCACCAGGCUCCCCCUAUGCCUCAGCAGCACACCUUCCAGCAGCACCAUCCCCAGCCUGCCACAACGACGGAGUUUAUCCACCACGGUAUGCCCGGAAUGGGCUACCACUACCCACACUAA